AAGUGUUCAUAUUGGUGUGUCGUGUCGUGUGUCGCAUGAAAUAUUAUUUUGAGUCACACUAUUCCUACUGUUCAACUUAUGGAUUGAGAAUCUGACCACCCCCACAGAGCAAAGUUGUGGGAUCAUAUAGCAGCAUAAGUAUCCACAUAGACGAACGUGCGCGCAAGCCUGAGUCGAUGAUGAUGACGAUUGUGAUGAUGAUGAUGAAAAGCCAACGGGGCCUUCGCUCUCUGGCCGGGCCAUCAUCAAGCCACAGGUAUUGUAGAGGUGUAUACUGCGCAGCUCUCGCACACCUCGCUGGAGGAACUAAGCGAAAACCGGAGUAGUAGUCCGCAACGCCACACGGGGCUCAGUAUGGCCGCGAAUGCGAGAGAGCAAGAACGCAAAUCAUCAACUAUUCCGCGCCCGUAUCCGAGAGUAUAGUAUACGUGUGGAGACCAAAAAAAAAUACGACGCGAUCGACUUGCCUUUGCUGGAAAGAGACAAACCAAUUAUAAAGUGUAUUUUGUAAAAUUAAUGAAAAAUAUGUAUUCGUUUUGUGGGGCCUGACGAGUUCAGUUUCGAGUCGGACGUUCAGCACGACGGGAACGCUGAGUGGCAACGCGAGCUAACGAGCUUACACGCGAUCUAACGCUUGUUCUGAAACUGUGAAGUUUUGGAAUAUCUGAGAUUCUUUCAAAGAAAAGUAUGCGCGAAUCGAUUGGCUUCGAACGCUUUUAGUUGCUCAAUUUAUGCGUUGACAUUUGUUGCCUAUUAUACGGGAUUUAAGUACCGAGGGGUGACGACAUUCGCCUCUUCUUUUUGGGAAACCGAUGAAAUUUAGUGCUAUUGAUUGUGUGAUUCCAACAGUGAAAUUGUGUGGAUGGAAGAAUUGCAGUGUACCUCAGCAAGCCUCAAAGAGCCAAAAGAUUGAGGUGGUGAUGCAUAGCUGAUGAGGAGGGAUCCGGUAUCGAUUGAAGAGAUAUACCGUACUCGGCUCGCUAACCCGCCAACAACGUGUGAUAAUUGUGGGAAAGAUUUAUGUUUGCAUCCAGCAUUAGGCAGACCUAGCGGAUCUUCGCCGGUUGCUCUCGCGGUUGGAUAGUCCAAGCUAGCAGAAGUGGUAGCUUUCGGGGCCUCUACCAACAUCAGUGAAAUUCAUUGUUCUCGGCUGUUGGUAUCGCCAAGUUAGAAAACAAUAAGCCGUUUCCAUCACGUUUUAUGAGCUGUUUGCCGUAGUUCCGAGACCGAGACCAAAAAGAAAUGAGAAGAAAUACGAGCUGAUAGCAUACAGUGAUAGUUGAUAGCGAAUUGCUGCUAUAUGAGCGCUGACAUGGAAUAGUGAAAACCACCACCGGCAGCAGAAACAAACAGCAACAUCAGCAGCAGCAGCUACAACCGAGAGCCUUGUCUUUACCACCUCCGCCCUUGGCCAGAAAGGAAAAUUGUUUGCCAAGUUGUGAUGCGAUGCGUAAAAUUUAGGUGUUUUCAUCGAGCCGGCAGUCAGCGACGAACAACGGAGCCAUUUGUAGCCCGAGUGCUUCCAGAGUUACUACCAGUGGAUUUAACGACAAGUUGCUGGGGUCUAGUGAAUGGAAAAUACCUGGGCAAUAUAUUGGGUUUCAAUUGAUGCCAAGUGCCAUUUAGUAGUGUAUUUGUGAGUGAGUGUGUACUUAGUGUAAACGCAAAAUCAUCAUCAAGAGCAAAGAAGAAAAAUCAAAAGUUUUCAUGUCAAAGUGAUACAAGCUGUUUUGUUGGUGCCUGGUGAAAACCAUGCACGAUAUUGGUAGCAUCAGUAGAAAGUUAACCUCAUACGGCCCAAAGUAGAUACAACGAAAAUUGCAUGAAGCGAGACGAGGAACGAGCUCGCAAGAUGUGGAGGGAUAUCGGUGUGGCUGCUAUGCAGCAGCAUGCCGGUCCAAACUCUCUCCAUCACCAUCCACAUUACAACGGAAACGGCCCUGGACCGGGGACGCCCAACAAUCCGCACUGGAAUCAGCCGGGUUAUCGUAAUUCGUACAGCUUACCGCACCCUAGCCAAACCCCCGGGCAAAACGGGCGCUUCCAGCAGCAUUACGAAAUCAAACCACUCUCGCAGUCUCCGUCAUUUCAAGAGAUUUCAGUCGGGAACUACAACGGAAGUUCCCCAUACCCAAUGAAGCCAAGGCCCCUGUCGAUGUACGAAAUUGGCAAUGGGUCGCCUAGCCAGCAGCUGCACUCUCUACCUCCGAACUUUGUGCCACAUCAGAACAGACUCAGCAACGGUAGGCCAUCUAUGGCGGGUCCAACCUCACCUCACUCGCGACAGCAAUUACAACAACAGCAACAGCAGCAGCAGCAACAACAGCAUGCAAACGGCCUACGACAACAGCCGGAAGAAUUGAAAGUCGAUCCAGAAUUAAUCUUCACAAAGCAAGAACGUAUCGGAAAAGGAUCCUUCGGUGAAGUAUUUAAGGGCGUUGACAACAGAACACAGCAGGUUGUGGCAAUCAAAAUAAUCGACCUAGAGGAAGCGGAAGAUGAGAUCGAAGACAUACAACAGGAAAUUAUGGUGCUAUCACAGUGUGAUUCCCCCUUCGUCACCAAAUAUUUUGGGUCAUAUCUUAAGGGUACAAAGCUAUGGAUUAUUAUGGAAUACCUCGGUGGCGGAUCGGCCUUGGACCUGAUGAAAGCUGGUCUGUUCGAAGAAAUGCACAUAGCCAUCAUCCUGCGAGAAGUGCUCAAAGGUCUCGACUACCUGCACUCCGAACGAAAGCUCCACCGUGAUAUCAAGGCAGCGAAUGUGUUACUCAGCGAACUGGGCGAUGUGAAGCUGGCGGAUUUCGGUGUAGCCGGGCAGCUCACCAAUACGACCUCGAAACGGAACACAUUCGUCGGGACACCGUUCUGGAUGGCACCGGAAGUGAUCAAACAGUCCAUGUACGAUUCCAAAGCGGACAUCUGGUCGCUGGGAAUAACUGCCAUCGAGCUAGCCAAGGGUGAACCACCUAACUCGGAACUGCAUCCGAUGAGGGUGCUCUUUCUGAUCCCGAAAAACAACCCCCCGCAACUGACCGGUAGCUAUACCAAGCCAUUCAAAGAUUUUGUCGAAGCGUGCCUAAACAAAGACCCGGAAAAUAGACCUACAGCGAAAGAAUUGCUGAAGUUCCCUUUCAUCAAAAAAGCGAAAAAGAACUCAUACCUGAUCGAUUUGAUAGACCGGUAUAAGAAAUGGAAAACGCAGAAGGGAGAGGAGAGUGAAACCGAAUCGGAGAAUUCAGACUCUGAGGAAUCGAAACCGGAUAGCGAUAUGGACGAACCGUGGAUCAUGACGGUGAAAGGCAUGCAUUUCAACAAUUUCAACAAAGGUUCGAUGGACGACGCACUCGGGUCUCCGGUGAAACACAACGGCACCAGCAACAGUAUGAUGGUCCUAGGCAACGCACGAGAUAGAGAUCGAGAUAGAGACUACAAUCUGAAUCAACAGAAAUCCAGUCAGCCACGAACUCCAACGUCGCCAUCUCACCAGUCGCAGACCUCGUCGGCUCUGAUAUCUUCCAACAGCAAUUCCAACAGCCGAAAGCAACAGCUAGUCUCGGACCGGGAACCAACGUCACCCCAGAAGGAUAUCGGUGGCCAUUACCCGAACGAGCGGGCGAGUCUGGAACGGCAACGGGAAAGCGAGAAGGAGCGGGAACGUGAACGGGAACGAGAUCGAAUAGAACGCGAACGUGAACGAGAGCGGGAACGGGAACGGGAGCGAGAUCGUGAAAGGGAACGAGAACGAGAACGCGAACGGGAACGGGAACGAGAAAAGGAAGUCGAGCGGGAGAAUAAGGAAAGGCGAGGCUCGAAGGAGGUAUCGAACCACCGGGGCGACAGCGAGGAGAAGAUCAGCAGUUUGCGACGAGAGCGCGAAAUUAGUCACAGCAAUGGUAAUCCCAGAAGCAACAGUAUUACAAAUGUAAAUAACAACUCCAAGAGUCGGACAAACAGCGGCUGCCUGAAGUCCAUCAUAUUCCCCCUGCUAUCGGAGAUGCAGCGAAGUUACUCCAGUUCCAGUAAUGCGGAGCUGAGUGACCUGCGGCUAGCGUUCGAGAAGGCCGAACUAACCUGCCCCGGAGUGAACGAUCUGUUCGUGAAGGAGAUCAUCCACAAACUGGUGCCCGGUUUCUCCGAGACCCGGAUCAAUACGCUUAUAGACAAAGUGACGCGAGAUUCCAAAGUGAAGCGAUAAGAUCCCUAACCCGGUGCGGUGUGGGCGCGCCCUGUAAAGUGUUAGUGAUGUGACCCGGGAUCGAAGUGAGGGUUGACAAUUUUGGGUACUCUCCAAUUCAAGACGAUCAGCUCGCUUUCGGUUCAGCGCAAAUCAAUAGCUACGACUCACAAUAGAACUAACAUGAAUUAUUGUUUGCCCACGUGUGUAAUGUGUACUAAACGUGUCAGUUAUGGGAAGAAUGAGAGACGAGGAGUGUAAAUAUCUUUCUAAUUUGAUGCAUCAUUAAAAGAUUAACAAGAUUUAUUUAUUUUAAAAGUUCUUGUUUUGUAGUUACAGCCUUUUCCGGCAUUCUGUCACUAUUAUUUGAUAACGCAUAGCCAGAAGAAUGUAUCAACAAGCGGUGAAAGAACUAGUAUAUUUCUACGUAGCACUCUGAUGACUUAUGACAAUACGUCUUUUUGAAACACCGCCGUAGAUGUUUGUAGUAGUUUAGCAAUCAAGGUCAUCGUAGUUAUUGGAUCAAAGUUUUCUAAUUGUUGAAAGAUGCACUUCACAUCCGUAGUGUACUGCAUAGUCUUGUUAAUCAUCAUUCGUAAACUUUGGUACGUGGAAACUGUCUUCUGUAAAUAUUCUGUAAACAUUUUUCGUUUUGUAGAACUCUAAAUCGGCGCUGUUCAUGUUCAACCGACAACAGCAAUCUUCCAUUAGAUUAACUCCGUAAAAGUGAAUGCUAUGUUUUCCGCUCGUGUUGGUGCAUUUUUAACAAAACGAUUUCGAACAGCUGAUUUCUAAAUUUUAUUUUUCUCCUUCACCCAGACGAAAUCCUACAUCGUCGUCCAAGAUGACCGUUCUUUACUAGAGUGCGUUUUACCGUGCGCAAUAUUCGGCAUUCCAUCAGUUCCAAUUGUUGUUGAGAAUAUUUUGAUCGCAAUUUUAUACAAUUUGCUAGCUUAAAUUCGUUUUUUUAUAUUACUUAUGUUUUCUUGUUUUAUUACGCUUUUGCAUUUUUGUUGAUCAAAAAUUGUUUUCCCCCUCCAAUGACAUAAAAACGAGCUAGGAAAAGCUGUCCACUAUGGCGACUGCAGUGAACUUAGUCAGCAGCUGAUGUUAUUAAGCUAAGUAGUUAGUUUCGUUGAAUAACUUCCCUUCACAUCCAACUUACACAUGACCAUAACAGAACGAGAGAGUAAAAUGUAGAGAAGCAGAUAAUUAGCUAUCAAUGUAAUCUAGCCAGAUGGAAAAAAUAUGGAUGCAAGCAUGUAUGUUAUAAUAAUUUUAAUACGAAUUCUUCAGUAUGUAAUAUUGACUGUAAAACAAAAGGUGGAGUAGGAAUUAGCUGUGAAUGUGUAGGUACGAACUGUGGGAAGAUGGAUAGAAGGGAAAUAUGUAAUAUUUAAAUUGAAGCAUACGAAAGGAUACUAAUUUAACUAGGUAUAUAUGACAGAAAUCCAUUUCGAAGAGAAAACCACGCGAACAGUUUGAUUUUUUGUAACACUAAUCAGAAACCCAAGUAUAAAUUUCAGGAACCAUACGAACAGCUAUAACACGUUAAUACACUAUUAUGAUACAGUAACAAAAAAAAGAGCAUCAAUAGACUUUCAGAACGUAAAACACUGACGUAGUGCUGAGAUAUUUCAAACGCCGCAAGAGGAUUCAUGUUAUCACGUGCGCGACUAAAAUUAUGUAUAAAGUGAUACAAUUCAGGCGCCCAAAAAAAAGAAGAAGAAAAUAAACGGAUAACCGAAAAAUAAUAUAAACUUGAAAACGUUUGUUGGUUUCUUAAAAUAUCUUUCACAUCAUGCGGCAUAAUGUUAACGUUUGUAACGUAUGUCGAUGUUGUGGAGUGACGUGGUAGUUGAACAAAUUCCUUUGAAAUGUUUGGAUACCGAAUAGGGAGACAAAGAAAAUUAACAAUAAAACCAAUCGUAAAUAUUGAUAA